UACAUUUACACCUUCGAUUCGCUUGGCUCUAAGCAUCCUGCCGCGGCCAACAGGCUCGCGAAGUAUCUCCGGUUUGAAGCCGUAGACAAGAAGGGCCUCCAGCUGGAAGAAACCCGCUUAGCGGUGGUCAAGCACGCGAAGGUAGACCUUUUUCCGUUCCUCCACCAGGCCACUAUACCUUGUGCUGACGUCUUCCUUGUGCAGUCUCCUUUACAGACCAAUUUCUGUGAUUGCGGGUUGUUCGUACUAGCAUUUGUUGAAGUUUUCAUGGAUGAUCCUGUUCGCGCCGGUGAACUCAUA